GCGAAAGCUUCUUCUAUUCCGUCUACAACCAUUUGAACUAUUGUCAUAUAUAUAUUGGACAAAACACAAACUAGACAAUUUGAAUGGGCCCGUCACUAGCUGGUAUUGUUAAAGAUGCAGUUAUGGAAGUCUUAGUUUGAUAUGCGAUUGUCCCAGACUAUUUUUAUUCUGAGUGGAAAAUUUGCUGACCACUUUAUACGAUUUGGUGGGUACACUCCCACUCCCUUAUCGUUGAAAAAGCUGAUUGCAUUUGGUAAAGUUGGCUCUGUCCAGAAGUCUGCAUCAUUCUUGGCUUAUGAACUUCCUGUUCGCCUGGCAAAUAUUUUGCAAGAAAUUCAUUUACUCCCUGAACGACUCGUCAGAACCCCUUCUGCAUCUCUUGUGAGACGAUGGUACGAGCAAAGCUUCUGCGAAUUAAUGGACUUCGAAAAAAUGGAAUGGGACGAAAAAAGUUUAAAUCAGUUCAACGAAAUCCUCGCCAGUAUUCGUAGUCGUCACACGACUGUCGUUGAAACGAUGGCACAGGGUGUAAUGGAAAUGCAGGAAAACUACAAGACUGAUAUAGUUACCAGCAACCAGGUGCAGUACUUCUUGGACAGGUUUUAUAUGAUGAGAAUCAGUAUUCGUAUGCUGCUUAGCCAGCAUUUGCUUAUGUUUGGUUCAGAGUUGAAUAAACAUAGAAGAUACGUAGGCUCGAUUGAUCCUGAUUGCAAUGUUCGAGAAAUAUUGGAUGAUGCACACGAGGAUGCCAAGUUUCUUUGUGAGCAUUACUAUUCGGCGGCUCCUGAAAUGGAGGUCCGGGUGCAUAGUGGUGACAAUGCAAAAAUUGAAUUUGUCUAUGUGCCUUCGCAUUUGUAUCAUAUUUUGUUUGAACUACUGAAGAAUGCCAUGCGAGCAGUGGUGGAGCACCAUAGUAGUGCUGAUCACCUUCCUCCCAUUAAAGUCUUGAUAGCAACUGGUCAGGAAAAUGUGACAAUCAAAGAAUUGUCGCGUAUGCCUAUUCCAUGUACUACAUAUGACUACCAAUGUGGUGAACGAGAACACAAGUGGGGACAAUCAAAUAUAUUUGAACACAAAAUUACAGAACAUCAUAGUAAAAUCUGAGAACCAUACAGUGAAUACUUAAUUUACAAAAUGUCAAUCAAUUGUCUGAAACUUGACUGUUCCUUUUGCAAAUAUCAGUCAAUCGUCUCAGACUUCAAUGUUCUUACAUUUCCAUACCAAUUGAUUUCUGUUCCCGUUCUUUCUUCCUCGAUCUUCUUGAGCUUCUGCUACCAGACAUUCUAUUCCUGACUAGCGUUAUGUACUACUUAUGUCUACAUAAUCCAUUUCUUCUCAUUUGAGUCUUCUCAUUAUUUGUAGUCACAUUUUAGUGGCAGCUUUGAAAUGUAUGACUCGUCCUCGAAUGCAAGCAGUAUUCAACAGUUGGUAUCAGUUAGUUGCAGUGGUUGAUAACUGAUUGAGUUGGUGUGUUUAAUAUUCAUAUACUUACUGUCUAAAUAUUUUUGGCUAGUAAAGAAUUAUGAUAGUAAUAAUAGAUAGUCGUAAUAUUGUUGCUGUUGUUUUGAAUCUUUUCUAAAUCAGAUUUCUGAUUUGGGUGGUGGUAUCCCACGAUCUCAAAUGGAUUUAGUUUUCAAUUACACUUAUACAACUGCCCGGCAGGCUGAACGAUGCGGUGAACCAUCUUUAUCGUCCAUGGAACUCGGACCUCCUGAUCAAGGAACCAAUGCUCCAAUGGCAGGUUAUGGUUAUGGUCUUCCACUUAGUCGACUAUAUGCAAAGUAUUUCAAUGGUGAUCUUAUACUAUCCAGCGUAGAAGGUUACGGAACUGAUGCUAUAGUAUAUUUAAAACGUAAUGCUGCUGAGGCUGACGAACUACUUCCUGUGUUCAAUCGUACAUCUGCUAAACAAUAUGGAAGUGCUAGUAUCCCGGUCGCUGACUGGUCUAAUCCUCAUAUAACAACUGGUUGGCGACGGAAUUAAAUAUCCCUUUAUUAAAUCACAUUUUCACCAUAAUAAAAAGUUUCUGACUGGCAUUUUAUCCUUUUUUUGGAUCUCAAUACUUUAGUUUUCCAUUUUCCCUCUUCCACCCAUCACCAUUAGAUUUUACCUUGGCACUAUAACGCACCAGAUGACAUCAAUGUGAAGCUCAAAAAAGUUUAUCAAUAGUAAAUUUUAGAGUUUUCGAAAUUCCUUUUGUUCUCUGGUGAAUAUAUUUCAGAGAGGAAUUCAUUUAUUUAAGUAACGCUUCUCCAUUUCAAUUCCUAUUGUUAUGUAUUUCAACUUUUCUCCUUUUAAAAGUAAUUACACAUUCAGUGUGUGUACUCUUAUGAGUAAAAUAAGAUUUUCUCCCAUCAUUACAUGAAAUCUAUUGUUCUUAACGUCCGUUUAUUUAUUAUUGUUUGUUAUUUCCAGGAAAUGUUUUAGGUACCAAAGGGAAGCAAAAGGGAAACAGAAUGUCUGGAAACAUUUUCGAUUCAUCUUAUAGUCUUACAUUAAAUGUCUUAAGAAACACUCUCUUAACAUUUUAUAACUGACAUUAAUCUUAUCAUUAAAAAAUUAAUAUUUUUUUGUUUUCUGUUUUUACUGUUGUUUUUAUUUUUCAUAUUCUUCAUCUGACUGACUGACUGACUGAUCUUUUUCAUCUAAAUCAUCUCAUUCCUUCCGAAUAUGUAACAAAAGACAUGUAAUUCAAUAUAUCUGCUAAAAGAUCAUUAAAUGUCUUUAAUCAUUUGCUUUAACAGUGUUUGUUGAAUUGUAGAAUAUUUUUGUUUAUUCAUAUCAUACUGAUUUUUUCAAUUUCAAAUAAAUUUUUUUGUUCAUAAAUAAAUUUUAGUUUAGUUUAGUUUAAUAUUUUAAAGUUAUAGUCAGUUUAGACUUGUAGGAUGCGAAAAAUGCUUGCAAAUAGUAGUUUUUGAAUUUUUCUGUUAUUUUGUGUAAAAUCGCGAUAAUACCUAGAGGUUUUUUAAUUUUGUGUUGGUCAAGUAAACGAAUCAUAAGGUCAGAAGAGGGUUUUAUGGAUAUUAUCAUACAUUAAUAGUUGAGUUCACGAGUCCAUUGAAGCUAGACCAUUUCUUCCUAGUGUCGGACUCCUCAGAAUUCGAACCCAGGACCUAUUGGUCUUGUGCUCGAACACUUAACCUUUAAACCACCGAGCCGAUAUCCAAUGAUGUUUUGUUUAAGUUCAACCAAUCCACGAAAUUGAGC